AUGAUGAGCUCCUCCAGUAACAAGCAAGAAGGACCCAAGCUCUUCAGCUCGAGGAUCCUCUCAAGGGAUCGCUCGAACGUGACCAACGCGUCCUUCAGGGUAUACUACAGCCUGGGCGCCGGCACCGUGCCGUUCCUGUGGGAGUCCAAGCCAGGCACGCCCAAGAGCUCCGUCACCCCGGCCUCGGCCGCCGCCGCCAGGACCGUGCCGCCGAUCUCGCCGCCGCCUUCCUACCAGCAGUCGGUGUCCCAGUCCAAAGUUAAGAAGUUGAGGAAGAGCAGUCGCCUGGAAUCUGCGUUCCCGUCAGGCGACGCCUUGUCUGUUGAUGCAAGUGGACGAUCUCUUGGAGCCAUCGACCUCAGCACGCAGCUCCCUGCUCCUGCCCUCGGGGCACCACCAUUUGUGGUUGCCUUUGCGGAUGUCGUUGGUGUCAUCUUCCUCAAGACGACUGGUCGGCUCUACACUUUUGAUCUCAAGACUGGGCAGAGCAUUUUGAAGGUGGAUUAUCAUGCAGAGCUCAUUGACUUCCAACAUGAAAUGAUGCCUCUUAUCUACGUCAAGUUGUACAGUUAUGAUCUAGCAAAAUACUAUGAAAUUAAAAUGUUGAUAUUUAUCAUAUGCCAGCUAGAGAAUCUGUUACUCGAUGUUGCUGGAAACCUCAAUUUCAGAUUUCAGGUUAAGUGCUUUAUCAGACCAAGUGAAGGAUGUCUGCUUUUGAGGAUGACAACACGGCUUCCCUUUAUAAAAGAUCUCAGGAGCUCAGUUUACUUGUCCAUCUUGGUUUUCUGCUGGAGCAAAGAGGCUAAUCGACAGAAUUCUGGAUCGGUGGAUCCUAAUGAUUCCACUGAACAUCAUAUGAUAGAGGAAAUGGAAGGGCAACCAGCCCCGAUGAAUGCAUUGAAUUUAUUUCAAUGA